GAUUUGCGCCUCUCCGUGCGCCUCUUCCGGGCCGGGAGGCGGCGGAAGCCGGUGGGGCGAGAGCCCGGGCCGUGGAGGCGGCCGGUGCGGGGCAGGGGGGCCGCGCCGCUUAGCCCGUCCCUUGAAGCAGCCCCGGCGGGGGCCGGAGCCGCAGCGGGGAGAGCGGGGCUGCCGCGGGUGUCACCCUGCCCUCGCCCCGCCGGUGCCUGGCCAUCGGAUGGAGAACGAGCCCCGGUUUCUCCGGCCGACCCCGGGGUUGCUGCUCCUGGGAAGUCUGCCGUCGUCUGGGCCGCCGCCGGCCCGGGGCUGGCUCCGAGGCCGGGCUCAGGGUGGCGUGGGGCCCGUGGGCGAGCGGCCGAAACCCGCACGGGUUCGGCCCUGAAGGGUCCGAGUCACUGUUGCAGCUGUGGUCUGCGAUGUGGCUCCCGUUCAUCAACUGUACUCGAGCCUCCUCUGUUUAAUUUCGUGAGUUGACAGUUUGGGGGUAGCGCUGGAUUUUGACUUCCAGAAUCUUCUCCCCAUUUACCGGCACCAAAGGACGUGAUGGUUUAUUCCUAUAACUUUCGUAGUUCACUGAGGUGGUCCCCUGUGAAAGUGGAUAGAGGCUCGGUGUUAUACACAGUCCAUUUUAAAACAGGGGCCUUUAACCAGUGGGAUGAGAUGAACUGCACCCGUAUUGCCCAGACCGAAUGCAGUUUCCCCUUGUCACUUAAGGAACGGCGCUGGACUGUUGUUUUGCGUGUGAGGGCUGAGCUAGGGCAAGUGACUUCUGACUGGGUGGAAACAGAUCCAUUUGUGGCAGAGAGAAACACUACUAUAGGGCCCCCUAAAGUGAACAGCGUGAUUGAAAGCUCUGACUCACUUCUCAUUAGUGUCACACCUCCUUUUGGAUCUGAAGCAGGUGACUUUCUUGAGUAUCAUGUGUCCUACUGGGAGAAUGCAACAAGUACUACUAAAAAAGAGAUAAAGAGAAGAAAUACACUAUUCAAAAUCAUAAAUCUAAAGGAAUUGACACUUUAUUGUUUUAGAAUUCAAGUAGAAUUGAUGACACAUUCAGAUCUCCAGUUACUUGGACAGCAAAGUGUCCCAGAGUGUUACAGAACUACAGUCAGUGAGAGAACCAAAGACGGACAAAUUAUACUAGUAUUUGCAUUGGUGUCACUUUUUGUAAUUCUGGUAAUACUUGUUUUUUUUCUUCUGUGGAAGCACCAGAAAACAAUUAAAUACUGGUCUCAGCCACCUUUAGAAAUCCCAUCGCACUUUGAAGAGUAUUUGAAGGACCCUAGCAUGCCUGUUUUAGAGGUGUUGGACAAUUAUGCCGAGGAAGAUCCCCACGAUUCCGUAUCUGUUGUAUUCUGUGGAGACGGCGGCCAAGCGGGCGGCAGCAGUUUGGAUGGUCAGGCUCAUGCACAGAGCAUCUCCAGUGACAGUGACGUAACUUAGGGGGUGCCCUAGGGGACAGCACCUGUACCGAGACCUUGCAGAGGCUCCUGCCCAUGGGCAGGGCCAUGUGGCUACUGGCAGGACAGAGGGUGAGCUCUGGACAAAAUGCAGCCACUGACAAAUCCCGAGUGAGAUGUUGCUUCCUGAGAAGAGCGUGGACUCUGAGCCUUUGUUUGAAUGGCUUCUGCAGCGCUACAACAGCAACUGUGUUCUGCCAAAGGGACUUAAAAGGUGGAAUGAGAAAGGGAAAUGAACACUAAAUUGCCUAAAGACAGACAGAUGUUUAUAAAGUGGUUAUAUUAGCAUCACCCUACUUCCCGCCCAAAGCUGAAAUAAAGCUUUCCGAAAUGAUGGCACUUUAGGGUGUAGUACAACCUGGAGUUCUUCAGUGAGUGAAGAACAACUGCACCAUGAAUAACUUUUAUAGUGAUUUGUGUUUUGUUGCCUUGUGAAGUCUGUGUUAGCACUCAGUGUGUAUUAUAUCCACCCCAGUAUGCUUUUCUGAAUCUUUUUAAGUGCAUGUGGUUUUCUAUGGCAGCUUCUUCCCUCCAGAUAAAAAUGGCAGUCUAAAAAGAAAGUCUGUAAUACUUCACUUUCCUCCUCAGCAUGAAGCUAUGCAAAGAACUGCUCCAAGGAAGGCCUCCUACUGUCUGCCUCCUAACACAUUCAUGAGAAGCAUUAAUCUUCUGUUCCUGCAGUGAGGGUCGUUCUUCACAGCAAAACAAACUUUAACAUAAUUUCUCAGAAUUUAUAUAACAUGUAUCAGUAAUUAUCAGACACUAAAAAUCUCUUGUUGAUUAUCACAUUAGUCCUGCCAAUGCCAAGUGGACUGAGGGUUGUGAUUUGAGUCCCUUAAAGCAGAGGGCUGUAAGUUACCCCUCACAUCACAAUCCUGGGGGGCCUGGAAGGUGUCUAAUAAAGCACAAAGAACCACUUCUGUACUAAAAA